CGUGCGGAGGGACCGGCGGCGCGGCGCUCGCUGCCAAAAAGGGGCAGAGUGAUGCGAAGAUUGUCAAAUAUCAGGUGCGCGACGACGACGACGACGACGACAGUGGUGCGGCGAGUCCGGUGAGCCUGGUGUUGGUGUGGUUGGGGUGUUGUGUGACACGCAACGCAACACGUAGCCGCGUCGAGAGGCCCGCGCGCGCGCGCGCGGACGCGAUGUCGAGCACUCUGGAGAAGAAGAUCAUGAGCCUGGAGGAGCGGCUGCGAGCGGAGAACGAGCUGCGCGACAGGGACAGGCAGGGGGGCGAGAUCGGGGGGGGCCUGUUGCACCCGUCGACGGGCCCCGCGUCCAGCCCCGCGCUUCGCAGACCCCGACAACUUGUAGAUAUAGGUACCCCGACGCGCCCUAGAAGACAGUUGGAUUUACCAGUAUCGCAGAUAAUACCACCAAAGAAGCAUGACAGUGAAUUUGAGUCAAAGAUGCAGGAGAUCAUGAAGAUGAGUGGUAUCCUAAACAUUAACGGCCAAAGAUAUCAGACAGAAAUGAAAGAUUUGGAGCAUUUAGGUGAACUUGGUAAUGGUACCUGUGGACAUGUUGUCAAAAUGAGGCACAAACCCAGUGGCGUGGUAAUUGCUGUGAAACAGAUGCGACGUUCUGGUAAUACAGAGGAAAACAAGAGGAUAAUUAUGGAUCUUGAUGUUGUGCUGAAGUCACACGACUGUCCGUACAUUGUACAGUGCCUAGGCUGUUUCAUCACCGAGUCUGAUGUAUGGAUUUGUAUGGAACUAAUGGCAACAUGUUUGGAUAAGCUAUUAAAGCGUAGCAGGCAGGCGAUACCUGAGGAUUUUUUAGGCAAAGUCACAGUAGCAACAGUAAAGGCAUUGUCGUACCUGAAAGAAAAACACGGUGUUAUUCAUAGAGAUGUGAAACCUAGUAAUAUAUUACUGGAUGAAUCGGGAGGAGUGAAACUUUGCGAUUUUGGAAUAUCCGGCAGAUUGGUUGAUAGCAAAGCAAAGACGAGAAGCGCGGGAUGUGCGGCGUACAUGGCUCCUGAAAGAAUAGAUCCACCCGAUCCUACUAAGCCAGAUUAUGAUAUAAGGGCGGAUGUAUGGAGUCUAGGCAUUACUCUGGUGGAAUUAGCUACAGGAGUAUUUCCUUAUCGAGACUGCAAGACUGAUUUUGAGGUACUGAGCAGAGUAGUACAAGAUGAUCCUCCGUCUCUUCCAACAGAUGCGCCCUUUUCCAAGGAAUUCAGGAACUUUGUCAGUUGCUGCCUUACAAAAAACUACAAGCAUCGGCCCAAAUAUCACAAGCUUAUGGAACACCCGUUUAUUCGCAAGUAUGAUGUUCCACAGGAUGUCGAAACAAAUUCCGCUCUAACGAACUCCGGCUUCCAAUGGUUCGGCAAGGUCAUGCGACAGUUGGAACCAAGUUUCAGGCUAUCGGGAGGACAGCAACAACAGCGGGUUUCGGGUCAUGUAUCAUUGAAACAGACGGCCCAUCUUCGGGCGCAAUCCGAGGUGCCGGCUUUCCUAAGAAGCAACAUCAAUAGUAGCUUCAGAGAAUCGCCUAAUUCUGGCUUUCUACCGUUUCAUCAACGUUCUAACAGCGAGAAUGGCACAAACUAUGUACCUUACAAUCCAUAUGCUCUUCCUCGAAAGGAGAUUGCCCGGCCAUUCUCGCCACCGAUGUCGAAGGACCCUGCACUGGAUCAACCGGAGUCGAAUCUGCCACCGCGGCCCUUCUCGCCUUAUCGGCAGCACGAGCAGAGCAUCAAGCAUGAUUAUUCCUCAAAUCGUUGCGCGACAACGAAUGGCCAAAAUAAACAGGAGAUGACGACGAGAUCGUUCUCUCCUUAUAGAACGCAAGACACCAACUUGGACAACAAUGAUCGACCCUAUUCUCCGUAUCGCAUCGCUCGCUACGAUGAACGCGACAUUGGCAACAAGACAGAUCGAUGGCAAGGAGGUGUCUCGAGAUCACUGAGCCCCUUUGCCAGAGAUUACUCGCCUUGGCGGCGGGAAAAUGUCGAUCCACCUGUCAUUCAGCCGCCACCUGUUACAUGUGACAGCGGUGGCCGUUAUUCGCCAUUUUUCCAACAACGACUCGCACAACUGUCGUCACAGCAACCCACGACGCUCCAGACCUACCCGCAAACACAAGACAUUUAUGGUAGUCCCAUGAUUAAUCGUAAAAGAUUUCCUUCGGAACCACCGCCGCAGGGAUCUCACGGCUCCACUAGUCCGCAAUUGUUGAUUUCCCGUUUCGCGCACCAGUUAAAGCAAGAGUCACCGCCAUCGUCGCUAACGGUGUCAUCGCAACAGAGUAUGGGUUCCAAGGAAUCAGCGAAGAAGCGUUUCGCAUCUUACGUGCGCCUCAGACUCGGUAGCGAACGCGCUCCUUCGCCGGAGCCACCACCGAGACUAAGUCGCGGCGAGUCCCCGCUCGCCCUUAGGAGGAACUUAAUUGACCAGGCGUCUCCUUCUUGUCCACGAAGGUACGUCUCGCCUUCUCCACCUCAGCCACCGCCUAGAAGAUUAUCGGAGAGCAAUUCGGUGCCUGGCAGUCCGCAGCAUGUGCGAGCUCGUUUGCGUUACACGCCCGAGCCUCAAAGGAGACCUCCGCCGCCAUAACCCACCGCUACAAUCAUUAAGCCUUAUUAUUAUUAUUUCUUGUUGGUGCCAUACGCGAUUACGGACACCCGGACAGCGAUCACGUGCACUACGUAGUAGCUAGGUUACUCUUGCGCGCACAGAGCGAGUCACAAAAUGUGUACGCAAAAAACAUAUUCUCGAACGCUGUAAACCAAAAAAAAGAAAAAAAAAACACAUGGAGAAGCAUGUUCUUAAUACUCGAGCCGCCGCGAAUUCUUGUUGUACGCGAGUCGAACACUUGUAUGAGGGAACGUUGAUUUAGCGUGCGAAACGGCUGAAAUGAUGAAAAAGUAUUUGACCUUAAUUUCUUCUCAAACGUUUUUCGAUUUGCAGACGCUUCAAAUCGCGAAAAUUGCCUUAAGACAUUUGACGACUUACUAGCUAGCUAGUGAAUACUUCAGGUUUCUAAUUGAAAGAUAUUUUCUGAAUUUCUUAUUGAUGUUAGAACAUAGAAGAGAACGAAACGUGUUUUCCCGAGUUUAAAACGCUUCACACGCUAAACUCGUAAAUAUAAACUUUUACACGGUUAAAGUCCUUAGCUAUCUCGGUUAACUAAUUCUGGCGAAGAGUUAGGGUGAAAAGAUACAGUGAAAAAAAAACCACAAAAAGGUUACGUAAAUUAAUUCCUAGAAAAUAUUCCAAUUAUAAAAUUAUCAUUGGCAUAAAUUCAGGCCCGUAAUCGGGGGGGUGGGGGAUGAGGGCAUUGCCCCUCUUAGGGACUUUAUUUGCCCCCCCUGUCAAAUUUUUAUCUUAUUUGUUUCCUAAUGCUCUGCAUAUUUAAGGGCACUAGGCAGUAAAAGAAUUUUUUUUCUUUCAUUUUUAGAAACUAUUAUGUUUCCUAAGAAUUUUCAAUAACGAGACAACUCGAAAAUUACAAUUAUUUUAACGUUUUAACUUGAUUGUAAUUUUAUAUUAUUGGUAUUUCUUAUGAAAUAUUGCGUCGAUAUUUAAAUAAUAAAAAAUAAUGUAUUUUGUGCAUUGGAAAAGAGUUUUUGAGACUGCCCCACCUAGAAUUUUACCCCCUCUAACAUAACGGGCUGAUUACGGGCCUGCAUAAAUUGUCGGCGUGAAACAAUUUUUUUUUUAUUUUGACUAUUUUUUGCGAUCUAAUAAAUGGCAAGAAAUUAAUUACUUUAACUAGAGAAUUAAUGUUAACCGAGGGACGCUCUUUCGAGCGCACGUUUCACAUAAGCGAGGGAAUCGUUCGCACUGCAAUCUUAACUGCAGAUAGUCCUUGUGACAUUUGCACUCCUUCGCUAUCACGAAACACAAAUCUUUCAUCAAUAAUCCUCUUGACGUAUAUUUAUCGAUAGUACGCAACAGGAAAAAUACGAUGCUCAACUUUUUAUAUCGCUUGGGUAUUAAAGAAGUACAUACAGUGUUAGAGAAAUGAUGGAGUGUGGCAUUAAUCGUGAUAAGCCGCGACGUUUUUUCUAAGAAAUGAAAAAAAUGCAUCAAUAAACGUAUAUAGAGAAUAUAAUGAGGUCGUACGUGAAAGUGCGUAAACCGUUCCUAUCGUUCUUCGUUUACGCUUUUUUCAGUCAAUCUUGAGAAUCUUGUCAUACGAAGAAGAAAGAGAGAAAGAAUAAAAUGCGCAACGAAAUUCGCUCUCUUUUUUCGGAUGGCCUUGUGAUGUAUCUCUGCGACUCGAAUUGCAAUUUCUCUCUUUUCCUCCCUCUCUCUCUCUCUCUCAGCGACUUUUCCACAUUUUAUUAUUAAUAUUUAAAUUAAUUAUUAAAUUAAUAUUAAAUUUAUUAUUAUUAAUUAUUAUUAAAUUAAUAUUAUUAUUAAUUAAUAUUAAAUUAAUUAUUAUGAGAGAUUAUUGUAUUAUUUAUAUAAGUAAUAUUAAAUGUGAGAGUGUAAUAAAUCAUUCACGAUACGUAGUCCAAUGUCGAGAUUGAGAGCGCGAAUCGAAUUGAGAGAGAUAUUAUCAUUCACAUGAUUUUUCUUUAUGACAAGGAGAAAAAAAACGAAAGCACAACAAUGUCGCAGAAGCACGUCUUGUAGAGUCCUACUACGAAGCACGAAUGUAUAUUAAUUAUUUAAUUGGGACGACGUGCAAGGCGUCAUAUAUACAUACAUACAAAUACACAUACACACGCAUACAUGAUUAGAAUGUUGUAAUUAUUAUUUUUAAUUAACAUUUGUAAUCCUUAAUUACGUUCAAGUCUACACUCGUAAUCACCUUUGUCAUUUAUUUGACAAAAGGACCUGUUGCAAUGUAAAUAAACUUAUAUUUAUACGA